UCAGAUGAAAACGAAGAUACAACUGUCUUUGAGAUCACAGACUUCACAACAGCUUCAGACUGGGAGCGGUUUAUUGCUAGACUAGAAGAAGUCAUUCACGAGUGGAAGCUGACCAACCAGCCAGUGAAACCUCAUUUGCAACGGGAUGAAAUUGCAAAUGGAACCUGGGAUGAAAUUUCGGAGAGUGCCUCGUUUGCUGAUUUCAAGUGCAAAAUCAACUACCAUUUCUUGCUGCAAGAAAAUGAAAAUGUGAAUGAUGGAGCUGACUGUGAAAAAGAAAAGGCUGAAGAGAAGCAAGAUCAAGAAGAUGUGCUUCCAACUGCCAUGCAAGAUCUUAUCAGUAUGGACAAUGAUUUUCCUCCAAGAGCACAUUGCCUAAGCAGAUGGUUUGGAAUUCGAGAGUUCCUUGUAAUUAACCCUGAGGACAUUGCAGAUGCUGUUAUUGGUGAAAGCAAGUGCAAUAUCCUGCUAAGUUCAAUAUGCAUAGCCCUUAAUAACACAAACUGUCAGGUGCCAAUGUUUGUACAAGUUCAUGAGCGAUGGAGGAAGCUCUAUCAGGGCAUCUGUGAAGGACCCGGUAUACGUACAGAGUUUGAGAUGGUGCACCUCAAAAAGACUCCGAAGCAGUGUCGCCAUCUCUCUGGGCUAUCAAAACUUUUCACUGACAAAGUGGGUUGUACGUCAUCCACCGUGAAGGCCUCUGUGAGGUUUACCUAUGUGGUACCUUAUCAUAAUGUGUGGCAUCGUGAUUCAGAUUUUGAUACAAGUCUUGGGGGAGAUCAUUAUCGAUUCCCAACUUUCACAGACUUGCCAUUUGGAGCGUCUGAAGAUCCUAUUAGUGAAUUGCAUUUGGCAGUAACAUGGCCCUCUCUUGCAGUAGAAAUGAUUUCCGAUAAUGAGGUCGUUUCUGACCUGGACCCAAGUAGGGCCCCCCAGUGGUCACUUAGAGUAAGAAUGAACAAGGAACCACAGUGCCUUCUUAGUCAGUGCUUGUCAGAAUUUGCAAGCAUAUGCCACAGAAAUGAGACACAAGGAGAACUUUUAGGAAUUCCGUCUGACACUGAAGAUGGGUUUACAGAGUCGGACAUAGGUCAAGCUCUUCAGAAGCUGACAGAGCCCGAGAUCUCGGUGCCUCUGCCUAGUGUAACACAUGUCAUGAAGCAGGCAAGGAGAGGAAUUAGGAAGCGCGUGGUAGAGAAAGCACCUCUGAAACCAGAUAUGUUAAACGAGCUGCUAGAUUUUCUCUUCCCGGAUGCAGUCGACCCCACAUACAUGGACAGGCAGGCAGCAGAGGCAGGUCGAGACGAUAUUGAAAACAAGGAUGAGAGAGAAGGAAUGAAAGAGAUAUUUAAGUCUUUGAAGUCGGCGCCACCUUACUGCCUGACGUUCAAACUGGCCAUCUGUCUGUGUCAUAUCAGCCACCACUUCUCCAGUUGCACCAGUUCUGCAGUAGCAUUGAGGGCCAUUGCACAAAUAUGGCAUGAAUUUGUGCUAGAGUUGCGAUACAGAUGGGAACAUAACUAUGGAAUACCUGAUGUAGAAGCUGGAUCUCCCAACAUGGCACACAGCCUGUUGCAUCAGAAACUACAGAUGCUGAGCUGCUGUGUGCAGAAGAAGCGUAAGCAUGCAGAAGACAGCCUGCGUGGCAGCAGCAACAGCACUGGCACAGAGGGCGCCACCACUGCCACCUCGCUCAGCCACAACUCAAGCAGGGUGAGGCUGUCACCGCCGGCGUGCCAGAGCGACGAUGACGACGAAUUUUACGAAUGCGAGGACAUGCCAUCGGACCCCAUAGUGGUCAGUAUGAGCCCAUCCGAAGGACCAGAGUCAAUCAGUGAUGAAGGCCCAGCAUGUGAUCCGUGUGAAGGCGGCAACAACAACGUGAUAUCGUCAACGGCCACUUCAUGGUCUGGGGAAGCUCUUGCAGAAAAUGCAGAUUCCACAAGCGAACGUUGCUCACCUGACACCAUCUUAGCAGAAGCUGAAGGAAGGCUACGACCUUGUAGUGACCUAAAGCUGCUGCGUGUGACUGAUGAGCCACUGUAUAUACCCAUCACUCAGGAGCCAGCGCCACUGACAGAAGACAUGUUAGAGGAGCAAGCGGAGGUAAUGGCUCGUCUCGGCACCACAGCAGAAGGCGCUCAUCUGCGUGCGCGCAUGCAGAGCAAUUGUCUGCUGUCAGACAUGGAAGCUUUCAAGGCAGCCAACCCCGGCUGUGUUCUAGAGGACUUUGUGCGAUGGUACUCUCCACGUGACUACUGCACAGAGGAGGGCAAGCUUAGCAGUAGGAUGCAGAUCCCGGGUAAUUUGUGGCAGGAAGUGUGGGAGACUGCAAAACCUGUCCCAGCAAGGCGUCAGAAACGACUCUUCGAUGACAUAAAAGAAGCAGAAAAAGUACUUCAUUUCCUGGCAGGUUUACGGCCAAGCCAGGUAGCCCUUUAUAUGAUGCCCAUCGUCAUUCAUGUUGCACUGGUCAGGAUAUCAGAGCUAGGCGAUGAGGGUCUGAUUCCAACGUUUCAGAAGUCGCUCCAGGAGAUAGGCAAAAAAGCUAUCAGGUUGGCUCGUGCACCACGUCUUGAUAUUCUCAAAUAUGAGGAACUGCUGGCACACAUCACACUGCUUGAAAUGAGUAUGGAGCAGGCGAUGGCACUCAGAGACAGGUUAUUCAGUGAUGAGACGGUUGCUGCGACAAUGCAUGGCAAUCGGCAGUUAGAGAAGCAGACGCGAGAGGUUGAGCAACUGCUGUUGGCACUGCAGGAGCAGCCAGAGGUGGCCGUUCCUGGCGCCAGUCGCAGCUACACUGGAUCAAUCCUGCUGCACUUGUUUGACAGGGCACAGAAGCAAGCCGCUGGUCAGUCUUCACCAGAUGAUUGCGCUCAUCCAGGCUCACGGCACUCGUUUCCAGAGCCGGCGGCUCGGGAGUACAUCCUGCGCACAGUUGCACCGCGACCUGCCCCGUAUUCACGACCCACACCACAGAAGAUGUACUGUGUUAUUCUAAACGAGGACUUUCGCCUAGCUUCUGCAGUGUCGCAGGACACCAUGUUCCAGUAAAUGCAGGUGGGCAAGUUAUUCACUAUCAAGUCUUGACAGCCGAGGGAUAAUGGCACGUGUUGGCAAGCGUCAACUGCAGUGUGAUAACUCAUUUAAAUGCUGUUUGUGAGGUACUGGCUUCAGCUUAAAAUAACCGUCAAGUACCAACUGGCUUUGGUGAGACUAGUAGCUUAUCAUUUAUAGUAUCAAUGGCAAUCAGCAGCUCUGCCCAGCACAUACAAUAAUAACAUCCGUAAUUUCAAGAUCCUUAGUCUUAUAGUGCAAGAAUAUACGAGUUCCAAGCAUCAUAUUGUUGUAACAGGGUCUUAGAGCAUUGAGAGCAGUAUCUUUCCCACUACCUAACACAAUAAAAGUUCAAGAAGUGAUGGUGCUGCAGCGUAGUUCUCUGAUCUGUAUUCUUGCUCUUAAAUGAUGGACAUCAUUUAUAAAUGGCAGUGUUCAUGAUCUCUUUUUAUGAUUCAUUUUGCAGUCGUUUUUAGAUUUGUGUUGGGUCUAGGGUCUUCACUAUGCGAUUCCUGCAAUCAUGUAUGUACAUUUAUGUCAGUGUAUAUAAUAAAUGUGAUUUGUGUUUACAUAGA